GUCCGAGCUGCGAGCGGAGGCGUCACGAUGGCACCGGACCCCUGCCACUCAGUCCUGAGGACUGAAGGAUGAAAGAUACAAGUUGUGAUCCCAAGAAACAAAUUGAUAAACUUAACAGACUUGAUCUUUCUCUUUGGUUCUCCACAUACGAUUCUACCUGCCAAAUUGCCCAAGAAAUUGCUGAGAAAAUUCAACAACGAAAUCAGUAUGAAAGAAGAGGUGAAAAGACAUCCAAGCUUACGGUGACAAUCAGAACUUUGUUGCAGAAUCUGAAGGAAAAGAUCGCCCUUUUGAAGGACUUAUUGCUCAGAGCUGUGUCAACACAUCAGAUAACACAACUGGAAGGGGAUCGAAGACAGAACCUACUGGAUGAUCUUGUAACGCGCGAGAGACUACUUCUGGCAUCCUUUAAGAAUGAGGGUGCAGAGCCAGACCUAAUCAGGUCCAGCCUGAUGAGUGAAGAGGCUAAGCGAGGAGCACCCAACCCUUGGCUCUUUGAGGAGCCAGAGGAGACCAGAGGCUUGGGUUUUGAUGAAAUCCGGCAACAGCAGCAGAAAAUCAUCCAAGAACAGGAUGCGGGCCUUGAUGCGCUUUCCUCUAUCAUAAGUCGCCAAAAACAAAUGGGUCAGGAAAUUGGGAAUGAAUUGGAUGAACAAAAUGAGAUAAUUGAUGACCUUGCCAACCUUGUGGAGAACACAGAUGAAAGACUUCGCACUGAAACCAGGCGUGUGAGCCUGGUGGACAGAAAGUCAACCUCAUGUGGGAUGAUAAUGGUGAUUUUAUUGCUGCUCGUGGCUAUUGUGGUUGUUGCAGUCUGGCCAACCAACUGAUAGCAAUAAAGGGACCACCCGCUGUGACACCAGCCAACGACGGAAUAAAUGCCCUGCACCCUUUUGGUACGCAAAAUCUGCUCUCAAUAAAUUCCCCCACAGCUCUGAA